AUGUCCAGACUUUUGAAGAUAUGUUUCUUGUUGAUAUCAGUGAAUCAUACUGAGAUUAUUCACAGUCAGAGCUCUGAAGAUUUGCCUCCAUUAUUACACAAAGCUCUCGAGGAAAUAAUAACUGGGAAAUAUCUGAAUGCCCUCCUUGAUAUACUUAAUUUUCAAAGUUCUAAUGUCUGGACAGCAGAUAUGCUUACAAAAGUCAUGGCAUAUUUUCAUGCUCAGGAAGUUAUGUUUACUCUUAGCAGCCUCCAGAUGUCCAUACAAAGUUACCUGAAGAACCUUUUAUACCAGCCUAGGCAACUACUGUCCGAAUUUCAACAACUUGAUCAGCAGCAGUUCCAAACUGCAAUGAAGUAUCUCUUCAACAGCAGGAAGGAGCAUCUUGAAACGGGAAAUAUUAUUCUUGAUUGGGAUGAGACUAGAGAGAGAAUUUUUCAAAGCCCAGGAGUAAACAGGACCUUGUUCUUUGUAACACUGGAUAAAUGUUUCCUGGCUCUGAGUGCUUUGGACUGUGUGGAUAUCCUAAGCCAGAUUUUGCAUGUGUCAGCAGUGAACUAUCUCCAACCUGAUGUCAUUGGGAGCCUCCCAGACAUUCUGCUGGAGGAUGCUUUCAGAAACCUAUCAUCAUUAUUCAAGGACCUCUAUGACAAAACCUCAGCAAAUACUCAGAGAGCUCUGUAUGGCUGGAUGAAGCAGAUUCUACAGAAAUCCUAUAACAGGAGUGACUUCAAUGAAUCAGCUUCUUGGGUCAGUGCAGAAAGCUUAUGGAUUUUGGGAAGAUUCAUGGUCCAUCUCCCGUUAGAAGAAAUUCUGAAAAUUAGUCUCAGUGAAAUCAGACUGUUCAUUAGCUAUGACAACGCGACAAAGCAGCUGGACACGGUGUAUGAUAUCACACCAGAGCUUGCCCAGGCUUUCCUGGAGAGGAUAAACUCAUCAGGAUUUGAUAUGAGGAACACUUCAACCAUCUACAGGCUGGGUUUAUUGGUUUGCUUUUAUGAUGACCUGGAACAGAUGGAUGCAGCUGUGGCCCAGGCUUUACUUCAUCAAAUGAUUAAAUGCAAUCAACUGAGAGGUUUCCAGGCUGAGGUUCACAAGCUCAAAUCCCAACUCCUGAACAUUGCCAUGCAAAACCAGACAUUGAAUGAUACCCUUGGAUCUCUGUCAGAUGCUGUGGUCGGACUGACUUCAAGUCAGCUGGAAUCUCUGUCACCUGAAGCAGUGCAUAAUGCUAUUGCAACAUUAAACCAAGUCUCUGGCUGGGCAAAGAGCCAAGUUAUGAUUUUAUCCAGUAAAUACCUCUCUUAUGAAAAGGUGUUAUCAUUCCAUAAUGUCAGUCAAAUGGGUGCUUUGGUAACGGGCAUCAGCACCCAGUCCCUGUACAGCAUGAACCCGGGGGAGCUCUCCCAGCUUAUUCGAGGCACAACAUCCCAGCACUUGUCUGACUUAUCUCCUGCCCAACAACAAGGGAUCCUCAGGAAGAUAGCUGCAUCUGGAGAUUUUUCUUCAUCAGUCAAAGAGAUACAAGGAGCUUUCUUUAAAGAAGUAUCUCUUUCUGGUUUAUGGAAGCAGACUGGAUAUAGUUCUUCAGUAAUGAAAGAAAAAGAACUAAGAAGAAGCCAGGCUUUAUAUCUGUAUGAAUUACUGUCUAAGAAAAACUAUCCUGUUGACCUUCUAAGCACAGGACAGCUUGUGAAAGGAGUAACUUGUCAACUCAUUGAAAGUAUGGGCACAGACAUAUUUUUAAACAACUUUAAAUUCUUUGAAAUGAAUCUUCAUCUGCUUUCUCCAUAUCAGGUUAAUUGUUUAGCUUGGAAGUUUUGGAAGGUAUCCAAUGCAUCUAUUCCUCCCUUCCUCUUACUGGUGCUUCCUUCUGAGUACCUGGAGUUCGUUUCAGGCCCCUUGUGUGUCCCUUUCAUUGAAAGUCUGGGGAAGACUGAAAUGGACCUUUUGAAUCCAGGCCAUCACAAAAGGAAUGCUGUCCUGCAAAAAGUACAGGAGUGCUUGAACGGCUCUGUGGCUGAUGAAUAUGAUGUUGACCUACUUGGAAAUCUAAUCUGCCACUUACCUCCAGCCUUUCUACAAGGCAGAGUGUCCCUGAAGGCAAUGGCAACAGCCCUCCAUCAAUUCAAACUCUGCCAACAGCUCAGCCACGAGCAGAAGACUGAAAUUAAAUACAAACUCCUUGAGUUAUAUGGCUCCUCAAACAACUGGACAGCAGCAACAACAUUAGAUGUUGGACCAUUCAUAGCUCUUCUGUCAAAGGAGGAAUUAAAUGUCCUUGCUGAAAAGUUCCCAGACAUCAUUUUACAAAUAGCAAAGACAAUUGGACCAGUUUCUUCAACUGAAGAGCUUUUAUCAACUGUGUUUGAGUCUGUCUCCAAUGCCAGUGCCAACACCCCCUCAUCUCUCACCACACCUGAUUGCCUGGGAAGCAGAGUUCCUUCUUCAGAUGAAAUAAUUAAAUUAGCAGAAGCAAAUAUCUUUUGGUCAGAUCAGGAACUGAAAUGCAUGGACCCAGGGACUUUUGACAAAAAUGUGGAACUUCUUGGGACUGUCUCAGGUUUUAACAACUCCCAGCUUACUGCCUUGAAGGAAAAAGCCAAGCAGGUUUGGGGGUUCCUGCCUGACUGGAAGAGUUACCACAUUGUCUCCCUGGGCCGCAUUGCUCUGGCCCUCACUGAGCACGAAAUCCAAGAGCUGGAUUUGCAUUCCAUCGACACUGUGUCUGUACUUAGUCAGCAAACAGAGUGGACUCUUACCCAGGCAAGAUCUAUUUUGGAAGGGUUUCUAGAAGACUCUGGCCAGACCAUCAGCACACUAAAAAGCUUUGAUUUAGUUGGAUUAGGAGCUAUUCUUUGUGCUUUGAACUCCACAGAAAUCAUGUCCAUAAGGACUGCUGAAUUCAGUGCUGCAGUUGCAAGAAUUGGCCUGUUGGUUUGUAGCACCCCUGUUCUGAGGCAGUUUAAGAAGAUGACAGAAUCUGUGUUUGGUGCUGCUACCAGCUGGAAUGGCUCUGUCUUACAGGAAAUUGGUACUAUAGCAGGUGGUUUGAAUGAGGAUGAAUUAAAAGCUUUUGAUAAAAGCUUGAUGCCGUAUUUCCAGCCAGCAGCAGUGAGACAUAUACCUCCUGAAAUUUUCCAAGCAUUGUCCCCAGAACAAAUAGCAAACCUGGGCCCUGAAAAUGCCGCCAUGGUUACGGGAUCACAGCGGGAGCAUCUGGAUGCACCACAGCUCCAGAGCCUGAGGCUGGCGCUGGACGGAGCCAGGACCAGCCCCCCCGAGACACAGAGCAGUGCAGGAUCCACCCAGGAGGUGCAAACCCCGGCUCCAAGUGGUGCUCCUUGUUUGAGCAGCUUUGGCAUCUGGUUCUGUGCUGUGUUUACACUGCACCUGCCUUUCUGAACCCACGAUUGUGAAUCUUGAGAGUCCUGGAGCUUACAACAGAUAUGCUAGAGAAAAAGAGUUUCAGCUCAGCAUGAACAGUAGAGUCAAGAGGCUCUGAGACUUCUGAGUGUAAAGUGAUUAAUUUUUUAAAAGCAACGCACUCAUCUGCCAUCAUGCUGAGAAUUAUCUCCUUUCCAUACCUUUACCAUUAGCAAGUAACUCAGUAUCCCUCCAAAUACUUCAAAUUUCAAAACUGGAAAUGGUCUAUCUGCCUCAUGAGAAAAUUAGUGAAAGACAAGAUUAUGUGUGGGGAAGGAACCUGAAUGACCUGGGGGCAAGUAACAGGGGACUGCUAUUUGGGGGCUUAUGUCUGGUACCCAGUGCUUUUUACAUGGGCUAAUUUGGCCACACUAUUGUACCAAUCUGUUGGGUUUUCUUCUACUUCAAGUGUACAUUCCCUGGACAGGGGCAAUCCUUCUGUGUGAUGUAGUAGAAACUGCACUAAAAGUUACUGCUGUUGCAAUAAAAUAACUUCUGGGCUGCUGGUUUAAAUCCUGCUCAGAUAAGAAGUGAUAACACGUUUUUAGAAUUGAAGCACCUGCACCUGUAGUUCCCCAUGGCUGUUUGUAUUCGACACAGAACUGGUGACACUGAGGGCAUUGGCAAUAUAUUAGUAUUUCCUGUGAAAAAAUGCACUGUGGAAACCUGCUUGUGUUCAUCAUGAGACAGUCCCUUCACUUCAGGCAGGGUUGAAGUGUACAUCUGGGAAUGCUAAGGGAAAACUGUGCACUGGGUCUACAUACUACUAAGACUGUCAAGCCUCUGCAUAUAAACAUACAUUUUGAUGCUGCUCAUCAUGAUUUUAUGCCAAGAAUUCAUGGUACAGUUUUCCAUUUUGCCAUUUAAAAAGUCUUUAUCUUUUCUAGCUGAAAGAAGGCAAUACAUAGACUGAAAAGUUUAGCUUUUUUAUUCAGGGCUGUACUGUAGUAAAUGCCUUUCCAGCUGUUAUUUGUAUUUCUUUGUGGCAAAAAUUACAUCUGGAUUAUCAACCCUGAAAGCAUAACUGAAGUUUUGCUGAGAUGGGGAAGCAAUAGGAGUGGGCUGAGAGGGAGAGCUUCAGGGAAGAGUCUUGCUGCUUCACUGACACUGGGGAAGGUGAACGUGAGCUGUUGCUGCUGUUGGGAAUAACAGUUCCCACCACAGUCCCAUAGAUUCUGUAAUUCCUGCAGCAGCAGGAGCCAACCUGAUUUUCAGGGCUUUGUUAUUGGCAAAGUAGGAGUGAGAGCAUUUUCACCCCUCCUCUCCCUCUCCUCCUUCAGCAAUCUGCUGCCUUUGCCUGUAACCAGCCCUGUCAGGUGUGACAUGAUGUUACACAUAAUACUACAUGCUUUAGUUCUGCAUUUUAUAAGCAAAGAACUCUGUUUGUUGCAAACUGCCUGGCACCUUUUUCUUUAAUGCUAAUGGUAAGAUACCAGCUUUUCCCACCGUGUUUCCUUUUCUGCAUGUGAACAGUAGAU